AUGAUCAUGGCGGCCCAAGGCCCCAAACAUCCCCCGCCCGCAACCCAUCUCAACAUUCGCAAGCCUCCGUGCCGAGACAUGGCCUCCCCAUUCACCAUCUAUCUGUGGGACCCAUGGCCCCAUGGCGCCCGAUAUUCAAAGCUUUCACGACACCGACGACACUGUCAAACUGUGGGCCGCCAGUCCUGCGUCCGGUGGGCUGCUCUGGGGCCUUCCUGCCUGCACGUCGUGUCUGCUGCAGCUAGACACGGUCGACGACGUGGACGUACUCCUUUGGUGCCUCUGCACGCUCUGGUGGAGGAGUCAUCAAUCGCCACGAAUUUUGUGCAUUUAUCUGAAUACUGA